CGAAUCAAUCGUUCAACACAAGUUCAUAUCGACACACAAAAUAUAUCAUAUAUUUUUUUUUGUUUUCAAAAUGAAGUGUACUAUCGUAAUUUUUUUGGCAUUUUUUGUGUCAAUAAAUGCUUAUCCAAGUGCUGUCAUUGAAGUUGCCAAGGUAGCAUCACCAGUUGGGUCCCACGGACCUGCGUUGAUAAAUCUUCAUUGGCCAAACGCAUGGCCAGUCUCGUAUUGGAAUGGUGGAAAAGGACAGAGCAAUUGGGGUGGUAGUGCAGGUUAUGGCGGCGCUUCAAGUGGAGAAGGAUGGGGAAGUGGAGCUGGACAAUCAAAUGGAGAAAGUGUUGGAUAUUCGGGUGAUGCUGGUGUACAUGAUGGAAAAUACGUAGCAAUCAAUCGCGGUGCAAUACAUGUAGCGCCUCUCGUCGGUCAUAUUCAAUCAGUGAAAUCACAAAACUACCAGCCAGCGCCCGGAACCAUUUGGUGAACAUUUUAACCAACAUGUUUAGAGUUAAUCAAAUAAAUUUGUUUUGUUAAAUAUAACAUUGUUUGCCAAUUCAGGA